GUGAGAAGACCCUUGCUACGUGUUACUGGUUUUAAACUCGCCGCGAAGAGCGGCUAGUUUGGGUUGGCUGCCCAUGCUAGCACCACAAGCUAACGUCAAUCAGCUAACGUUAGCGUUUAUUCGCUUCUUUAAAAGCCCAGAUUUGUCGAAAUACCCUCUCCCAGCCCCCUUCCCCCUCUGUCAAAGCAUGGCUCAGGAGACCAAUCAGACGCAGGUGCCAAUGCUUUGCACUAUGGGCUGUGGUUUCUAUGGAAACCCCCGCACCAAUGGCAUGUGCUCUAUCUGCUACAAGGAACACCUGCAGAGACAACAGGGAGGGGGCCGGUCCAGCCCUCCAGGAGAGAAAGCUGCUACGUCACCAUCAGGAUCUCCAGGAUCAGCCGGUGUGAGCGUGGAGGCCACAACAGCAGAACUCAGUACAGAAGUAACAGGAACCCCACCUGAGGAACAACCAACUAGUCCCAGCUCUCCCAGCCCAGUAACUGAACAAAUGACAGCUAUGAGCAUCUCCCAAGACUCGGGGACCGUGGACUCUGAUCGAGUAGAGCCUAAGGAAGAAGAGGUGGAGGGUACGUCCAACAGCAUAGAGUCUGUGGGGGAGGGAGCACAAGCUUCUUCUGAUGGUGACCUAACUCCCGAUAAAAACAAGAAAAUAAACCGCUGCUUUUCUUGCCGUAAGAAAGUGGGCCUUACUGGUUUUGACUGUCGCUGCGGUAACCUGUUCUGUGCCAUUCAUCGUUACUCUGACAAACACGACUGUCCAUACGAUUACCGAAGUGCAGCUGCUGCGCGCAUACGCAAGGAGAACCCCAUUGUCGUGGCUGAGAAAAUUCAGAAGUUAUGAGGACUAAAGUGCAAUGAAAGGUCUCUCUGACUUUGUGAAUUUGAAGAAUAGCAACUUGGAUGGAAACACCUGAGAUCAUGGCUUCAUUUGUUCAUGGUAGUGUGAGGCGGGCGGGCGGGCUGGGUGGGUCGCAGCAAAAAGUCAGGACAUUUCCCUUACUAGCUUCUCCCUCUCUCUGUAGUUGUGUGUGUGUGUGCGUGCGUGUGUGUGUGUGUGUGUGUGAGUGAGAGAGUGUGAAAGUGAAAGUGUUUGGGAGUCAGAGAGAAAGCAGUAAAGGCCUGGUGGACAUUUGUGUUGCUGUGGGGAGGGAAGCCAUUUUAUUUUAACCCCCUUUUUUCUCUCAGUUUGAAGACAUUGUGAAUUGAAUUUUUGUCCAACACAUGUAGGUAGUUAAAUUUAUUUAAGCAUGAAAUGUGCCACAGCCCAACAAUGACAGGAAUAUACCAAAAGGGUCUAAAUUAGAAGAUAAUAAUUUCACAUAUUGGACUUUUUUUAAGGGCUUUAGAAAAUUUAAACUCUUUCUUAAACAAAUUCUGUUAAACUCCUAUUUCAUAGAUUUAGAUUUUGUUUUUAAUCUAUGGGUUAUGACACAUUGAACUUCAAAGGCUCAGCAUUUUUUCCGAUGUCUCUCUAUAUCAGCUUGUAAGGAAAUUAGGUGCAUGGAUAUUUUCUGAUCGGGAAGGGUGAGGUCGACGGAGAACCUUGACUUAACUUGCGUGAUUGAAUUCUCUUUUAUUUCCUUUUUGUUUUAAUGAGCGUAUGACAGAAGAUCUAUAUUAAUAUAUUCUAGUUAGCUUGAAUUGUGUGAUUGCAUUUUAUUUAUUUUAUAUGGUUUGGUUGGUCUGUGCUGGAGGAUUGGCGGCAUGUGUCAGCAAAUCGCUUAGAUUUACACUUUUCAUUUAUAUUUAAGUAGUUACAUCUUAAUCGUGUAAUCAUGGAAUUUAAAAAAAAAAAA